AUGGAGGACCACAAUUUUGUUGUUGGUCAAGAAUUCCCUGAUGUGAAGACAUUUCGGAAUGCUAUUAAGGAAGCUGCUAUUGCACAACAUUUUGAGCUUCGUAUUAUCAAAAGCGACUUGAUUCGAUACUUUGCUAAAUGUGCCUCUGAGGGAUGUCCGUGGCGGAUUCGUGCUGUUAAGCUCCCUAAUGCCCCGACAUUUACUAUAAGAAGUCUUGAAGGGACACAUACUUGUGGAAGAAAUGCGCUCAAUGGGCACCACCAGGCUUCUGUGGAUUGGAUUGUGAGUUUUAUAGAAGAACGGUUACGAGAUAACAUUAAUUAUAAGCCGAAAGAUAUUUUACACGACAUCCAUAAGCAAUAUGGGAUAACGAUACCGUAUAAGCAAGCUUGGCGUGCUAAGGAACGGGGCCUUGCGGCAAUAUAUGGCUCUUCUGAAGAAGGGUUUUAUCAACUUCCUUCGUAUUGUGAAGAAAUAAAGAAAACAAAUCCGGGAAGUGUUGCAGAGGUGUUUACCACUUGUGCAGAUAACCGUUUUCAGAGACUUUUUGUUUCAUUUUAUGCAUCGAUUCAUGGUUUUGUUAAUGGUUGUUUGCCCGUUGUUGCUCUUGGUGGAAUUCAGCUGAAAAGCAAAUACCUUAGCACAUUCCUUUCCGCAACUUCUUUUGAUGCGGAUGGUGGGUUGUUUCCACUUGCUUUCGCCGUUGUCGAUGUAGAAAACGAUGAAAGCUGGACAUGGUUCCUGUCUGAGUUGCAUAAGGCACUAGAGGUGAAUAUUGAAUGCAUGCUUGAGAUUAUAUUUUUAUCUGAUGGGCAUAAGGGUAUUGUGGAUGCAAUAAGAAGGAAGUUUCCGAAAUCUUCGCAUGCAUUCUGCAUGCGUUACUUAAGCGAAAGCAUUGGCAAAGAGUUCAAGAACUCUAGGCUUAUCCAUCUUCUAUGGAAGGCAGCAUAUGCUACUACGACUAUUGCAUUCAAAGAAAAAAUGGCGGAAAUAGAAGAGCUCUCUCCCGAAGCCGCCAAUUGGUUACAGCAAUUUCAUCCUUCCCAAUGGGCUCUAGCAUAUUUCGAAGGGACGAGAUAUGGUCAUUUGUCCUCUAAUAUUGAAGAGUUCAAUAAAUGGAUUCUUGAAUUCCGGGAGUUGCCAAUUAUCCAAGUGAUUGAGCGGAUUCAUAGCAAACUUAAAACUGAGUUUGAUGACCGGUGUUUGAAAAGCAGUUCAUGGUGUUCUGUACUUGCUCCAUCUGCCGAGAGGCGAAUGGUCGAAGCCAUUAAUCAUGCAUCCACAUAUCAAGUCCUUAGAUCAGACGAGGUAGAGUUUGAGGUUAUUUCAGCUGAUCGAUCUGAUAUUGUAAAUAUUGGCAGUCAUAGCUGUUCCUGCCGUGAUUGGCAGCUAUAUGGGAUACCUUGUUCCCACGCCGUUGCUGCUCUUAUCUCAUGUCGUAAGGAUAUCUACGCAUAUACGGCAAAGUGUUUUACUGCUGCAAGUUACAGGGAUACUUAUGCAGAGGUGUUACAUCCCAUCCCUGAAAAAAUUGAAUGGAGGAAAACAGAUGAAUCUUCCUUGGAUAACGAUAUCGUAGUUGUGCGACCGCCAAAAUUUCGCCGACCACCAGGGCGACCGGAAAAGAAACGGAUUUGUGUGGAGGACCAUAAUCGCGACAAACAUACAGUGCAUUGUAGUCGAUGUAAUCAAACUGGACAUUACAAGACUACAUGCAAAGCAGAGAUGAUUAGUAGUAUACAACAGUUUUAG